CAAAACAAGAUUUCCCUUACCUCCCUUGUGUUCAAUUAGCUGGUCGGAUAGCCGUUAAACUUAAGAUUUUCCUUAGCUGGCCGAGUACCCAAUUAAUAUAAGAUACUAUAUCAACGCCACUCAUAAUGAUAGUGUAUUAAACGAAAUAAUAUUACCGGGGAAUGAAUGUAAGAAUUACAAGUGGUACUUAUAGGGGAAUUGUGUAAGAAUUGGGGCCGAAUCACCGUGGGGAUUUUAGACCUAAGGGGACCGUUCCAAGGAUUUAUUUUUCAAAUUCCACGUGAAGACAAAUCUCAAACAAAUCACAGCCUAAUUAAAUGUAAAAUAAAUUCGUUGUUCAAAAACGCAACUUCGGCAAGUUGCCCAAGAAGAAAACGAGUUAUUGUGUGUUUUUGAAAUAGGGAAAUAUCAUACUUGACAAGUGGUACCGUCUUUUUCGAAAUGGAUAAGCAUACUCUUCCUCGUUCACUGUCAAGGUUUCCAUGGAGGUCACAACCUCUGAUUGGACGCUACUGUUCACGUGUCUGUAGAUAACGUAGCUAUAAGUUCGGGAAUUGUGAAGUAAUCUAGCAACGUCCAGAUGUUGUUAAACUCGCAGUAGUUGCUUCAGGAACAUGUACGUUUCUGAACAAAAUGGAAUAAUGAAGAUGACAAUCAAAUUUGAUCGAUUUUGAUUGAUGGCAGCUUCAAAAUGGCGAAGUCAAAACACUACUUGAGUGAUGGUGGGGGCCGAAUCACCUUGGAGAUUUUAGACCUAAGAGGAUCGCUUCAAGGAUUUAUUUAUCAAAGUCCACGUGAAGACAAAUCUCAAACAAAUCACAGCCUAAUUAAAACGCAACUUCGGCAAGUUGCCCCAGAAGACAACGAUAGGGAAAUAUCAUACUUGACAAGUGGUGCCGGUUUUUUCGAAAUGGUUGAGCAUACUCUUCCUCGUGUACUACACCAGUAAUUACGUUUCCCUUUAAACAAAUAUUAUAUUAAAAUAAAUCAUAAUUUUAUUUGUCAGAUCCAAGCGCAGAUUGCAUUAUACUAACCAUGUUUCUUGUGUGGCAUUUAUAUCUAUAUACAAGAAAAACAAACCGUCUUCAGGAUGGAUCAGAUUCAGAAAACCAGACUGUAGAUACCGAGACAGAUAGUAACAAUUUGAAUAGCUCGAGAGAUGAAGGAAGUGACGUAAUAAACAAAAAGGGAAUUUCUUCUCAACAAGAUGAAAGAUGGCAUCAAGAACGUGAACGUAUGAUUCAACAAUUCAAAGAUGAAAGGGACAGCGAAAUUGCUAAACUAAAACAACUAAUAGAAAGCAAGAAAACCGAGAGCCAAUGUGAAUCUACUGAUAAAUUCGAGAAACUCCAAGACAAUAUUCAAGAUAUGGACAGAAGAAUUAUGAAGUUGGAGACUUCAGGUAGUUCAGGAAAACAGACCAAAGAUUCUACUUCUAUUAAAAUACAAGAAAAACAAUUUGGGCAAAUGUUAGAAAAGGACAACCACAAUAUCAGGACCAAUUUGAUGUACUUAAUUGAAAAUAUACAAGACCCUACACGUCUAUGUCUAUCGCUGUUUUCAUCUGGGGUUUUUGAUCGAAAUGAUGUCGAAAAAAUAAAGAGAUGUCUACAACAUGAAACUUCCCGAGAUGCAACUGAAAAACUUCUUUUCGUUUUACUUGAUUCUGGUAGAAACUCUUACCAACCGUUUUUAAAGUGUUUAGCUAAAGUGGGAUAUAAUCAAGUUAUUGAAAGGCUUCAACAAACUCAAGGAGAGUCAAACAAUCAACACUGCGAGGAACUAAGAUUAAUAGAAGAACGGGAAGCACUAAUGGAAUGGGUGAACGAAAAGGAAAAAGGUUUUCGGAAAGCAGUAAAAGAAAAGGAGCACGAUCUCCAGAUGUUACAGAGAAAAAAUGAAAGCAUUAAUAUGGAGCUAGAUGAACUAAGAAAAAAGAUGGCCAAGAUGGAGAACGAACAACAGAGGGAGAAAGACGAGAAGUUACAAGAAAUAAGUCGUCUAAGAGAAAGGGAAGAUGAACUUCUAAAGAACCACGAAGAAAUAAGAGAAAACCAACAAAGAAUCCUCAACCAGAUAAAGAAUUUGGAGUCACGUGUGGAAGAUUUAAAAACAGCAACAAUCAGUAGAGAAAAUGAAUUGCCUAACCUACAGUCUGAUAUUACAAAUCUUUUCACGUUACUGCAAAAAACUGCGACGGCAGAAGGCGAAAGUACCACCCUUGAACACGGAGAAAAUCUGGAUGAAGAUGAAAAUAUUGAAACGUUGGAUGUAUGUUCCCAUGGCAACAGUCAACAACAAAUUCAUCCAGUUAUUAGCACCGUCUCUGAUUUGGGUUCUACGGCUGAAGCUAUUCUAGGUUGUAAUACAGACGAAGAACAGAAUACCACAUCCAGGACAAGGACGAACUUUCUUACAUUAGAUGAUGCGUGCCUAAAGGGGGAUUUAAAUAAUCUAAAAGAUUUAAUUGAAUCUGGUCAUAAUAUAAAUAAGAGGUAUGCAAGGGGCAUGACACCAAUAUUAUAUUGCAGUCAAUCACAAAUUGAACCCGUGUCUAAAAUUAAAAUAAUAUUAGAUAAAGGUGGUAAUAUAGAUGAUAUAAAUAAAAACAAUAGCAAUAUGUUACACCUGGCUUGUAGAUAUGGUCGUCUUGAAACUGUACAGUAUUUACUUGAUCUUGGUUUAGAUGUUCAUAGUAGAGGUUUUAAUGGUCGAACACCGAUACUAAAGUGUAGUGAGUCACAAAUUGAACCCGUUUCUAAAAUUAAAAUGAUACUAGAUAAAGGUGGUAAUAUAGAUGAUAUAAAUAAAAACAAUAACAAUAUGUUACAUCUAGCUUGUAUAUACGGUUGUCUUGAUACUGUACAGUAUUUACUCGAUCUUGGUUUAGACGUUCAUAGUAGAGGUUUUAAUGGUCGAACACCAAUAUUAUAUUGUAGUGAGUCACAAAUUGAACCCGUUUCUAAAAUUAAAAUGAUACUAGAUAAAGGUGGUAAUAUAGAUGAUAUAAGUAAAAACAAUAACAAUAUGUUACAUCUAGCUUGUAUAUACGGUCGUCUUGAAACUGUACAGUAUUUACUCGAUCUUGGUUUAGAUGUUCAUAGUAGGGGUUUUAAUGGUCUAACACCAAUAUUAUAUUGCAGUCUAUCACAAAUUGAACCCGUGUCUAAAAUUAAAAUAAUAUUAGAUAAAGGUGGUAAUAUAGAUGAUAUAAAUAAAAACAAUAGCAAUAUGUUACAUCUAGCUUGUAUAUACGGUUGUCUUGAUACUGUACAGUAUUUACUUGAUCUUCGUUUAGACGUUCAUAGUAGGGGUUUUAAGGGUCUAACACCAAUAUUACAUUGCAGUCUAUCACAAAUUGAACCCGUGUCUAAAAUUAAAAUGAUACUAGAUAAUGGUGGUAAAAUAGAUGAUAUAAAUGAGGACAGUGACAAUAUGUUACACUUAUCUUGUAGGUUCGGUCGUCUUGAAACAGUACAGUAUUUACUCGAUCUUGGUUUAGACGUUCAUAGUAGAGGUUUUAAUGGUCCAACACCAAUAUUAAAUUGCAGUCUAUCAGACAUUGAACCCAUUUCUAAAAUUAAAAUGAUAUUAGAUAAAGGUGGUAAUAUACAUGAUAUAGAUGAGGACAGUGACAAUAUGUUACACCUAGCUUGUAUAUGCGGUCGUCUUGAAACUGUACAGUAUUUACUUGAUCUUGGUUUAGACGUUCAUAGUAGGGGUUUUAAUGGUCGAACACCGAUACUAAAGUGUAGUGAGUCACAAAUUGAACCCGUUUCUAAAAUUAAAAUGAUACUAGAUAAAGGUGGUAAUAUAGAUGAUAGAGAUACAAACAAUAACAAUAUGUUACAUCUAGCUUGUAUAUACGGUUGUCUUGAUACUGUACAGUAUUUACUCGAUCUUGGUUUAGAUGUUCAUAGUAGAGGUUUUAAUGGUGCAACACCAAUAUUAUACUGCAGUCUAUCAGACAUUGAACCCAUUUCUAAAAUUAAAAUAAUACUAGAUAAAGGUGGUAAUAUAGAUGAUAUAGAUAGAGGCAAUGACAAUAUGUUACACCUAGGUUGUAAGUAUGGUCGUCUUGAAACUGUACAGUGUUUACUUGAUCUUGGUUUAGAUGUUCAUAGUAGAGGUUUUAAUAGUCAAACACCAAUACUGUACUGUAGUGAGUCACAAAUUGAACCCGUUUCUAAAAUUAAAAUGAUACUAGAUAAUGGUGGUAAUAUAGAUGAUAUAGAUGAGAACAGUGACAAUAUGUUACAUCUAGCUUGUACGUUUGGUCGUCUUGAAACUGUACAGUAUUUACUUGAUCUUGGUUUAGAUGUUCAUAGUAGAGGUUUUAAUAGUCAAACACCAAUACUGUACUGUAGUGAGUCACAAAUUGAACCCGUUUCUAAAAUUAAAAUGAUACUAGAUAAUGGUGGUAAUAUAGAUGAUAUAGAUGAGAACAGUGACAAUAUGUUACAUCUAGCUUGUACGUUUGGUCGUCUUGAAACUGUACAGUAUUUACUUGAUCUUGGUUUAGAUGUUCAUAGUAGAGGUUUUAAUAGUCAAACACCAAUACUGUACUGUAGUGAGUCACAAAUUGAACCCGUUUCUAAAAUUAAAAUGAUACUAGAUAAUGGUGGUAAUAUAGAUGAUAUAGAUGAGGACAGUGACAAUAUGUUACAUCUAGCUUGUACGUUUGGUCGUCUUGAAACUGUACAGUAUUUACUUGAUCUUGGUUUAGAUGUUCAUAGUAGAGGUUUUAAUAGUCAAACACCAAUACUGCACUGUAGUGAGUCAGAAAUUGAACCCGUUUCUAAAAUUAAAAUGAUACUAGAUAAUGGUGGUAAUAUAGAUGAUAUAGAUGAGGACAGUAACAAUAUGUUACAUCUAGCUUGUACGUUUGGUCGUCUUGAAACUGUACAGUAUUUACUUGAUCUUGGUUUAGAUGUUCAUAGUAGAGGUUUUAAUAGUCAAACACCAAUACUGUACUGUAGUGAGUCACAAAUUGAACCCGUUUCUAAAAUUAAAAUGAUAAUAGAUAAUGGUGGUAAUAUAGAUGAUAUAGAUGAGGACAGUAACAAUAUGUUACAUCUAGCUUGUAUAUACGGUUGUCUUGAUACUGUACAGUAUUUACUCGAUCUUGGUUUAGAUGUAAAGAGUAUAAACAGAUCAGGUAAAACACCUGUAGAUUGUUGUAGGUAUUCAGAAGAAUCCGACGAAAAGAUUAAAUUAUUAGAAGAAAAGUUAAAAUUGUGAUUCGUGUAAUAUUAUUUAUUGUUUAUUUGUGUCAGUUAACUGUAUUAUCUAGAUCAAUUAUGGUUGUUAUCUCCCCUUCAAAUCAUAUCCAAAAUAGAGUAAAGGUCACAAAUUUUGAUAUAUCCAUACUUUUCUAUAAAUUUUAAAAUAAUCAAUUUUUUCUAUAAAUGUUCAUAUAGCCAUUUUUUCUAUAAAUGUUAAUAGAGUCAAAUUUUUCUUUAAAAGUUAAUAAUCAAAUUUUUCUAUAAAUCUUCAAAUUUUUCUGUAAAUGUUCAUGUAGUCAAAUUUUUCUGUAAAUGUUCAUGUAGUCAAUUUUUUCUGUAAAUGUUCAUGUAUUCAAAUUUUGAUGUAAAUGGUAAUAGAGUCAAAUUUUUCAAUAAAUGUUAAUAGAGUCAAUUUGUUCUGUAAAUGUUCAUAUAGUCAAAUUUUUCUAUAAAUGUUCUUCAUAUAAUUAAACUUUUCUGGUCCGAACGACCGGACGCUGUUCUUUCUUGUCCGUCCUGCAUCACCGACCAACGACAAGGGGAAGUCCCGAAGAACAUUCUGGGCCAACACCAGGAGCGAACUCGAGACCUUCUGGUUAGCGUGCCAGUGUCUUAUUCAUUGAGUCACCGCGGCUCCUUAUAUAAAACACAAUUUGACAAGAGGUACACAAUUUUAAACGGGUGUAUGCCCUGUUUAUUGUCACGUCAAAUUUCUUGAUAUGAUUUUGACGAUAGCAUCUAUCUGAUGCUGUAAGGAAAAUACUUUAAGUAUUAAAUUUAUUUAUUAGUUGUAAUAUAAGACAUUAUAUAUUAACAGUGUUAUAUAAUAAUAUUUAUUAAUUGUAAUAUAAGACAUUAUAUAGUGACAUUGUUAUAUAAUAAUAAAUAUUAGUUGUAAUAUAAGACAUUAUAUAUUAACAGUGUUAUGUAAUAAUAUUUUUAUCUGGAACUUUGUAAACUGAAUAAUUAUUAUUAGCAAAUC